UUGCCAAUGCUGUGUCUUGAUGGUGCAGGUGUUCACAAAGCAGCUGCCUUCCGUAGCCAGCUGGAUAUCCUCGGGGUUCCUCAUGCUCUUGACGUGUGGCCAGCGAACUCCCCAGACCUCAAUCCAAUUGAGAACGCAUGGGCCAUGAUGAAAUGGCGCCUCAAUCAUUAGUAUCCGUUGCCGUCGUCGAAUGUGGUGCUU